AACUAGGACUAGGAGUGGGGGACGGUGUGGGAAAUAGCAUCACUUCCCCAUUCCAGCUGCAUCCCUCCCUCCCUCUCUCCUUCACUUCCUUGAGAGAGUAAGAGUGAGUGAAGUGAGUGGCAAGAGUGCCGAGAAAAACCCUUCUCUCUAGUUCCUCCUACCAACCCAAUUUCAACACCUCUCCAUUUCCUAAAACUCUCGAGAGGCAUUAUAACAAUUCAGCACCGUUUAGGCAUCUCAAGAAAACCCAUUAGCACGCAAAGAAGCAAAGCAUUUUUAUGCACUAGCAAACGCCAAGAGAUUCUCCUUGUUACUCAGAUUGGGAAACCCAUUUCUUCCUUCCGCACAACCCAGCCAUCAAGCCCAACCCCUGAAAAACAAGUUAUGUCUACUCAUGGGAUUCUAGUGUCUCUCUUUCUUGCCCUCUCCUUCGCCUCUGCCAGUGCCAUUCCUCCAAAUCGGGCGGCUUUACUCCAUGCAAAUGAGUCGGCAGCAGAGGAAGAGAUGAUGCCAUUGGUGGAGCAAGGCAAAUUCGAGAUGGUGGAGUUGAAUGAGACGAGGAGGAGAUUGGGGAGCUUCCAGAUAUGUGCACUGUGCACUUGCUGUGGUGGAGCAAGAGGGGUGUGCUUGCCCUCUCCAUGUUGCUAUGCCAUCAACUGCAACAUCCCCAACCGCCCUUUUGGCUUCUGCUCUUUCACUCCCAAGACCUGCAAUUGCUUUGGAUGCCAUCUCUGAACCCCUCCUCCACUUCCUCCUCCUUUUAAAAAUAACAUUUUGUCUUCAUCCGUUCUACUUUAUUAAAAUUUGGGGGGGCGUCAAGCUUUAUUUCAGUGGCGAAGUGCGAGUGGGGGAAGCAUAUCUGUGUUAGAUUCUUGAAAAAAAGAAGGCAGAAGAAGAAUUGUUUAUAAGGUUACUUAAGUUGUAAUUUGUUAUCAUCACAUAGGGAAUUGCUAGUUCCAGAUGGAUUUUGCUAUUUGUAGCUGGGAGUUAUUUUUAUUGUCAUUUGGCGAGAGGAGGUGGAGUUUUUGCUGGAAGUAGGAAAACCUUGCCUGCGAAAGCUUUGGCGGUUUAGGAUUUCUAUGAACGCUGUCCUUAGUUCAAGCAAAUGGGUCUUAUUUUUAUGUCUCUAAUCUCUAUCUGGCCUGACAUUGGGACUUGUAUUUGUGGGUGGAUGAGAAGUAUAAUUGUUCUUGACUCUGCUCCACUGAAGUUUUGUAUUACUAAACUGUUUUCAGAUC